AGUUACUUCCCUUGUAAUCACUCUUUGAUUUGUCCUUCACUGCUGCAGGAGAACUGCAGAGGAAAAUAGAAAGAUGGGUCUUCUACGGCACACGCUGAAAAAGGGUAUUAUGGGCAACCAUGCCCAGUUGAGACUUUUCCAUGGAACAAAUGCAGCUGCUGCCAAAAAGGUUGCCAUGAGCAAGUUUGACCAGGAUUCAUACAUAGACUAUGAUAAAUAUGAACACAAACUUAAAGUAGUCAGAGAAAAAUUGAAUCGACCCCUGACUCUGUCAGAAAAAAUUUUAUAUGGACACAUAGAUGACCCUAAAACUCAGGAUAUUCAAAGGGGAGAGAGCUAUCUCAAGCUGCGACCAGACAGGGUUGCUAUGCAAGAUGCAACUGCUCAGAUGGCCAUGUUGCAGUUUAUCUCCAGUGGUCUACCAAAGGUUGCAGUGCCUUCUACCAUUCACUGUGAUCACUUGAUUCAAGCACAAGUUGGAGGCGAGCAAGAUUUGAAACGGGCCAAGGACCUUAACAAAGAAGUUUACGAUUUCUUGGCCACAGCAGGAGCUAAAUAUGGAGUAGGAUUCUGGAAACCAGGCAGUGGCAUCAUCCACCAGAUUGUUUUGGAAAAUUAUGCUUUCCCUGGAGCUCUUAUCAUUGGGACAGACAGUCACACACCAAAUGGAGGUGGCCUUGGGGGUCUCUGUAUUGGAGUGGGUGGUGCUGAUGCCGUAGAUGUCAUGGCUGGAUUACCAUGGGAACUAAAAUGUCCAAAGGUCAUUGGUGUAAAACUGACAGGUAAGCUUAGUGGAUGGACCUCUCCAAAGGAUGUCAUCUUGAAGGUGGCAGGAAUAUUGACGGUGAAAGGAGGAACUGGAGCUAUAGUGGAAUAUCAUGGCCCUGGGGUCGAUUCCAUCUCUUGCACAGGAAUGGGAACAAUUUGUAAUAUGGGAGCUGAAAUAGGAGCCACUACUUCCUGCUUCCCAUACAAUGGUAGAAUGGAGGACUACUUGAGGGCCACCAAUAGGAGAGAGUUAGCAGACUUGGCAAAUAGCUACAAAGGCUUUUUGUCACCAGAUAAAGAUUGCUUUUAUGACCAGCUAAUUGAAAUUGACCUGAACAAGUUAGAGCCACAUGUAAAUGGACCUUUCACCCCUGACUUGGCUCAUCCUAUUUCAAAACUUGGCCAGAUUGCUAAGGAAAAUGAAUGGCCCUUGGAUAUUAAAGUUGGAUUGAUUGGAAGCUGCACCAACAGUAGUUAUGAAGACAUGAGUCGAUCUGCCAGCAUUGCUCGUCAGGCACUCAACAAAGGAGUCAAAUCUAAGAGCUCAUAUACAAUCACACCAGGCUCAGAACAAAUCAGGGCCACAAUUGAAAGAGAUGGACAGGCAGAAACACUUAGACAGAUAGGAGGGGUUGUAUUAGCUAAUGCUUGUGGUCCAUGCAUUGGCCAGUGGGACAGACAAGAUGUGAAAAAAGGAGAGAAAAACACUAUUGUUACCUCAUAUAACAGGAACUUCACAGGUCGCAAUGAUGCCAACCCAGCUACUCAUGCAUUUGUUACCUCCCCUGAAUUAGUGACUGCUCUGUCUAUUGCAGGAACUCUUAACUUUAACCCAGAAACAGACAGCCUCACAGCAGCUGAUGGUUCAAAAUUUAAACUUGAAACUCCUUAUGGUGAUGAGUUGCCUGCCAAAGGAUUUGAUCCUGGUCAGGACACGUACCAAGCCCCUCCUUCUGAUAGCUCCAGUGUGAAUGUCAACGUGGACCCUAAGAGCACAAGGCUUCAGCUUCUUACUCCCUUCUCUAAAUGGGACGGGAAAGACAUAGAAAACAUGCCAGUACUUAUAAAGGUUAAAGGAAAAUGCACAACAGAUCAUAUCAGUAUGGCUGGUUACUGGCUGAAGUUCAGAGGCCAUCUUGACAACAUUUCAAACAAUCUCCUGAUUGGAGCUACAAAUAUUGAGAAUGGUGAAGCUAAUAAUGUAAAGAAUCAGUUAACUGGUCAGUAUGGAACAGUACCAGAAGUUGCCAGACAUUACAAAGCUAACAAUGUUCCAUGGUGUGUGGUGGGUGAUGAGAACUAUGGAGAGGGAAGCAGCAGGGAGCAUGCUGCUCUGGAACCCAGGCAUUUAGGAGGAAGGGCCAUUAUUGUCAAAAGUUUUGCCAGAAUCCAUGAAACAAAUCUAAAGAAACAAGGCAUGCUACCCCUUACAUUUGCCAAUCCAGCCGACUAUGACAAGAUCCAGCCUACAGAUCGUAUCUCACUGUUGGGAUUGAAAGACUUGAAACCAGGAAAGCCGGUUCAGUGCAAAAUUACUCAUGCCGAUGGCUCCUCAGAGAUGAUUGAAUUGAAUCACUCUAUGAAUGAAGGACAGAUUGAGUGGUUUGUAGCAGGAAGUGCCCUGAACAGGAUGGGAGAAUUGAGGGCCAGCCAGUAAAGUUUUCUGUGAUCUGAGUUUUUAACAUUGGACACUGAUUAUUCAUGAAAUGUUUUAGCAGCUGACAUUUUUAUUUGUUUGUGAUAAUCCACAUGUAUGGAAAUGAUUCUGUCUUCAGAAUCCAACAAUGAAUUGAUCAGAUAUGAUUUGUAACAUGUCUAUUUAUAGUUAAAUUUGUUCAAAUAUUUUUUUUUUAA